ACAAUCACAUGGAUGGAAAUAUGCCAUUCUCACAUUAGGAUCCAUAUGUACACUGAGCUUCAUAAUCCUUGAGUAGUGGACUACUUUUUAUUCAGCCUUCUGGUGAAGCUGUAAUUGAUUAUUUACGGUAAUAUCUUUUCAGCCCUAUCUACUUUAGUAGGUAUAUAGUUGGGUCUGAAACAAUCACCACAUUAGCAAUGCCUUGUUAUCACUUGCGCUUUGUUGAGAACAUUUUCGCAAGAAAAAACUUUCGAAAAAAACAACAAUCCUUUCCUAAAGUCUUCGUAAAAUUGAACUUGGAUAGAUCAUUUCUUUAGCAUCUGGCCUUUGGGAUCACACUAGUAUCAAAGUGUCAGGCGGAUGUCAUUAAUAUAUGUUUAUGGCAGCUUAGCAGUCAUAGUUUCUCAUGUUAAUGAUAUUAACAUUUGGACAACUGAAUAUGAAAUGCAGUCAAGAACAUUGCUGAGUGGAGCAAAGCAGGGCAGGUUGUGAAUGUGAGCAGCUUAGAGAUCUUGUAAUGGCGCACGUUAAAGCUCCUUACUUUGUUUCACAGCGCUUUGUUUGGGCUCUCUUGUCCUGCUUGGGCAUUGUCCUGCACACGGUCACGCGUGACAAUAUCCACGCGGCCUUAUCUUGCAUGGUAAACCAUGACAUCCAAAACCUGACAUCGGUGAAUUCCGAUGUCGACAGGGGCAGAAAUAUAACAUAUGUCUGUGGAGGACAUGUUGAAUACAAUGUGACAAGAGACUUUGAUUGGGAUGAAGAGACAGUCAGACAGCUUUUAUCAGUGUAUUUGUAUGGACAGUUACUCACCCAAAUACCAGCCUCAUGGUUGGCACUACGUUACAGCGCUAGGUUGAUGUGGGCCUCUGGCAUGGCAAUAGGUUCACUGUGUACUCUACUCACCCCCGUGUCUGCCAGGACUCACGUCUAUCUGUUGCUUGCUGUAAGGUUUAUCUUAGGACUCUCUGGUGGUCUUACGUUUCCUUGUGUUACAACCAUGCAAGGGAAAUGGUGCACACCUAAUGAAAGGACAAAACUUGCUUCAAUAGUGUUUGCAGGAACAUCUGUUGGAAGUAUCUAUAUAUUUUCAACAACUGGGCUGCUCUGCGAAGACAUUGGAUGGGCAGCCAUCUUUUAUUUCACAGGUAUUUUCAGUUUCCUGUGGGUCUUUGUUUGGAUCUUCAUGACAGCAGACACACCUGUAAAUCAUAAGUGGAUCUCAGACUGGGAGAGACUGUACAUAGAUACAAACAUAGGCAAAGUCAACUUAACGAAGGUUCAGUCAGUGCCAUGGAGAAAGAUGCUCAAAUCAGGUCCCGUCUGGGCCAUAGUCAUUGCUCACUGUUGUGAUAGCUACGUCACGUACACUAUUCUCAACUUGGUGCCACUGUACACAAGUGAAAACCUUGGUUUUCAUAUCAUGCAGGCAAGUCAUGGACCGUUGUUGGGGUUACCAUUCGUGUGUAUGACUGUAAUGUGCAUAGCUGUUGGUCAUUUGGCUGAUACAAUCAGAGAACGAGGUCAUCUGACGACCAAGACAGUCAGGAGAUCAACGCAGAUGUUCGCUUCACUUGGUACAAGUGUGACUCUUUCAUUGGUCGGACAUGUCACAUGUGAAUCUCGAGGUGUGGCCUUUGUUCUACUUUGCCUCAUGGGCAUGUGUAUCGGCUUCAAUCGGGCUGGGUUUAUGGUCAAUCAUUUAGACCUUGCACCAAGGUUGUCAGGUAUUCUGUUCAGUAUUUCUGCAACAUUUGGUACAGUUCCAUGGAUGGUUACUACUUAUGUCGCAGAAGCUUUAAUGCCAAAUAGAUCCCAGGCAGAAUGGAGAAACGUAUUCUAUGUCUGCUCGUCCGUCUCUGUGUUCGGUGCCGUGUUGUUUGGCAUUCUGGCAGAUGGCGAUCUCCAAGAGUGGUUCAGGUCCAGGGAAGUGUUUCAGGACUACGGAGACAGGCAUGAACUUGCCGGUUCCGUGGGCCGCAGAGUAAGAAACAACUUCUUCUCCAAUCCUGACGAAAACACUGUGCUGGUUGAAAGUGAAACGUAACCCAUACUUGAUGAUAGUACUAGCCUCACUGAAGUGAACCAUUAUUGUCAACCGGAUUGAAAUACUGCAAUCACCCUUAAUCAUUGGAAUUAGAGGCAAUGAGUUAUAAGUCAUGGAGACUAA